AUGAGAGGCCCACCACCUCUCAUGCGACCACCUCCACCUUUUGGUAUGAUGCGAGGUCCUCCUCCGCCACCUCGCCCCCCUUUUGGACGUCCUCCAUUUGAUCCGAACAUGCCUCCGAUGCCACCUCCAGGAGGGAUUCCUCCACCAAUGGGACCUCCACAUUUACAGAGACCACCAUUUAUGCCACCUCCCAUGGGUAGCAUGCCACCACCUGUCUAUUUCUAUAAUGCGCGUACACGUGAGUCAGCAUGGAGUAAGCCAGAUGGGGUCAAAGUUAUUCAGCAGUCGGAGUUAACGCCGAUGCUGGCUGCACAAGCCCAGGCCCAGGCGCAAGCCCAGGCCCAGGCACAAGCAGUAGGUGCCUCCACACCGACCACCAGUAGUCCUGCAUCUGCAGCAUCUCCAUCCACGUCCUCAAGUACUCAGUCCUCCACAACCUCUACCACAACCACAGCCACUUCAGUUUCACAGACGAUUUCCACACCUACCACACAAGACCAGACCCCAAGUUCGGGUGUUUCAGUUGCCACACCAUCAGUCAGUGUUUCAACCUCUGCUCCUUCUGCUACACCUGUGCAGACUGUACCCCAGCCAGUCCCACAGACAUUGCCUCCUGCAGUUCCUCAUGCAGUACCUCAACCAACUGCAGCAAUUCCUGCUUUUCCACCAGUAAUGGUACCUCCAUUUCGUGUCCCCCUUCCUGGCAUGCCUAUUCCACUUCCAGGUGUAGCAAUGAUGCAAAUAGUCAGCUGCCCGUAUGUAAAGACAGUCGCUACCACCAAGACCG